AUGGAAUCAGUAAGAAGAAAAAGAAAGCUGCAAGACGACGAGAAAGAAGCCCAAAAAGAAGAUGAAGAAGAGGAGGAGAAAAUGAAGCUGUUCUUCGCUCUGAUCCAAAACACCAAAUCCAUUCGCGACCGCGUCAAAUCCAAGCAAUCAGCACCACAGCAAGACAAAUCCAAAGGGGUGUGGAAUCCAAAGUUCCAGCCAGAAGAUUUCAUUGAAGACUGCGACAAGAAAUCAAACCCCACCCCUCAAUUUGCUGCUUCAUCUUCGACAAAACAGAGGAACAAGCAAGAGGAGGAAGAACAAGGAAAAGACAAGGUUGAGGGAAUUGAGGAUUUGGACCUUAAUCUGUCUCUUURAGGAUUCUUUGUGUCUUUUGUCUGUAAUUACCACUGUUGCUUGCUCUUGAUUCCAAUUCUAAAGCUCUCUUCUCGUCCAUUUUGUUCAUACUUUUUGAGGCUGCUCUGCUUCUGUUGA